CUGAUCACAGAUAGCGGCUUGCAGGAGGAGGCAGUGUGAUGCACAGCACUGCAAGUUGAGCACUGGCUCCUCUCCGUCUGGCUUUCUCGCGGAUUUUGAUGGAUGCAUGAUCAGGAGGUGAUGCCCAUUUAUGUCAUCGAUCGCAAAUUUCCAGACACACCUGGUGAAUUGCCCCAGGCUGCUCCAGAAGGACAGCACACUAUGGCUGAAAACAACACGCAAAAGAAGAAAUCUCGGUGGUCAUCGCUGGAGAUAGGCCUCCUGACCAUCGUAUUGCUGCUUUUUGUCAUCGUCCUAGCCCUCAUCAUUCUCUUCCUUUCACACAACAGCAGAAGUGAUGGAGUUUGCACUACAGCUGACUGCACACGGUCAGCAUCUCGCCUCAUUGAGAACAUGGACCCUACAGUAGACCCAUGUCAAAACUUCUACCAGUAUGCCUGUGGAGGCUGGCUAAAAAAGAACAUCAUCCCUGAAACCAGCUCACGCUACAGCACCUUCGACAUCCUCCGGGAUGAACUGGAGGUUGUGCUUAAAGGAGUACUGGAGAGAGAAGAUAGCACCAGUGGUAGCAGCUCUUUAACCAAAGCCAAAACCCUCUAUAGGUCCUGCAUCAAUGAAAGUCUCAUUGAACAGAGAGGUGGAACGCCUCUGAUCUCAAUGCUGCCAGAUGUCUUUGAGUGGCCCAUUACAAUGGAUGAUUGGGACGUCAAAUUUGGAGACAAAUGGAAGGCAGAAGAUGCCAUAGCCAAACUGAAUGAGAAAUAUGGGAGGCAGGUACUAAUUAGCUUUUUUAUCGGCACAGACGACCGAGACUCCAAUUCCCAUAUCAUUCAUUUUGACCAGCCAAGCCUUGGCCUGCCCUCCAGAGACUACUAUGUCUGCACGGGGCCCUAUGAAGAGGCUUGUGUCACAUAUGAGAACUUCAUGGUUGAUCUCGCUGUCCUGGUCCGGAAAGACAAAGGUUUGGGUGUGAAUGAGACAGAAAUCAGACAGCAGGUGGCCCGGGUCAUACAGAUGGAGAAGGAGAUCUCAGAUGCUACAGACACACCUGAAGACAGAAACAAUCCCGUUCUCCUCUAUAACAAGAUGCCCCUGGAGACACUCAACACUAACUUCACACUUCAGUUCGAGUCUGCUAUUUUUAACUGGACUCACUUUACUAAUAAGAUUAUGGAUACAGUCAACCUUCACAUUGAGGAUAAUGAGCAAGUGGUCCUUUAUGCCCCCAACUACUUGAGGAGGCUCAACCCUGUCCUGGCUAAGUACUCAAAGAGAGACAUCCAGAACUACAUUGUGUGGCGUUUUGCCAUGAACAUGGUAGUUGGCUUGAGCAGAGCAUACAAAGAGACAAGGAAAGCUUUUAAAAAAGCCAUCUCUGGUACCAGUUCAGAGGCAGCAAUAUGGAGGCAGUGUGCAGUCUACGUCAACAACAACAUGGAGAAUGCUGUUGGCAGACUGUACAUAGAAGAAGCUUUUGCUGGAGACAGCAAGGACAUGAUGGAUGAGAUGAUUGGUGGCAUCAGAGAGGUGUUUGUUAGUAACCUACAAGACCUCACCUGGAUGGAUGAUGAAACCAGGAAAGCUGCGGAGGAGAAGGCACUAACUAUUCGAGAGAGAAUUGGGUUCUCGGAAAACAUCAUGAACAAUACUUAUUUGGACGAGGAAUACAAAGAACUCAGCUACAGUUCAGAGGAAUACUUCGAGAACAUCCUGAAAAACCUGGAGUUCAGUCAGAAGAAACGACUGAAGAGGUUGAGGUUGAAAGUAAACAAGGAAGAGUGGAUCUCGGGAGCAGCGGUGGUCAACGCGUUCUAUUCAUCCAGCAGGAACCAAAUAGUAUUUCCUGCUGGUAUCCUUCAACCGCCUUUCUUUGGUAAAGGACAGCCCCAGUCUCUCAACUAUGGUGGCAUUGGCAUGGUGAUUGGCCAUGAAAUUACUCAUGGCUUUGAUGAUAAUGGCCGUAACUUUGAUAAAGAUGGAGACCUGAAGGACUGGUGGACUCCGUCUUCAACACAGAAGUUCCAGGAGCUCUCGAAAUGUAUUGUAGACCAGUACAGCGGCUUCUCCUGGGACCUGGCUAAUGGACAAAAUCUUAAUGGGAAUAACACCCUCGGGGAGAAUAUUGCAGACAAUGGGGGCAUUCGCCAGUCUUAUCAAGCAUACCAGAACUAUAUCAAGAAGCAUGGAAAGGAGGCUCCAUUGCCUGGACUUGAACUAAACCAUGAACAACUCUUCUUUCUGAACUUUGCUCAGGUCUGGUGUGGAACAUAUAGACCUGAACAUGCUGUCAACUCCAUUAAAACUGAUGUCCAUAGUCCAGGGAACUUUAGGGUUCUUGGAUCAUUGCAGAAUUUCCCAGAGUUUGCCAAAGCUUUCCAGUGCCAGAAAAAUGACUACAUGGUGCCUGAAAAGAUAUGCCAAGUGUGGUGACAUGCCACAUACAGGGACUUAAGGGCAUUUCACAAGCCCUCACUUCUAUCUUCUUGACUGUAUGACCACUGCAGUCCCAGACUGGGAAUGUCUGAUGUUCUUCACAGGGUAGAUCAUACCUGGCUCCACCAAUGCAUUUCAAUCAUGUACAGACAUGGAGUGCUCUCUUAGUCCACUCCUACAUGUAA